AUGGCCGGUGUCAUCGAACCUUCGCACGCCGCGGGCGUGGACGCCGCCGCUCCUCGCGAGCUGACCGGUGCCGACAUCAAGCACAACAAGACCUCGGGAGGAAACGCAGCCUUCCAUAACUUCAACAACGACUUCGCUCACGUCGCCGACGCCAACGAGCGCCGUCGCCUUGCUUUGGCCGAGAUCGACAAGGCGCCUUUCGGCUGGUACCACGUUCGUGCCAUCGUUGUCGCUGGUAUUGGUUUCUUUACCGAUUCGUACGAUAUCUUCACCAUCGGCCUCGUCACCUCCAUGCUGGGCAUAGUGUACUUCGGCGGCACUCUUCCUGCCGAGCACGACACCGCUAUCAAGGUCGCUACCUCCGCCGGCACCGUUGUUGGUCAGGUCGGAUUUGGUGUUCUGGCUGAUAUCGUCGGUCGCAAGAAGAUGUACGGUGUCGAAUUGAUGGUCAUCAUCAUUGCUACCCUUGCCCAGGCUCUUUCGUCUUCCUCCCCGUCUGUUUCCAUCGUCGGCCUCAUUGUUUUCUGGCGUAUCAUCAUGGGUAUCGGUAUCGGUGGUGACUACCCCCUUAGCGCUAUCAUUACCUCCGAGUUUGCCACGACGAAGUGGAGAGGAUUCAUGAUGAACGCAGUCUUUGCCAACCAGGGUUUCGGCCAGCUUGCAGGUGGCAUUAUGCUUUUGAUCGUCACCGCCGGCUUCAAGGGCUCCCUUGAGACUGCUAGCAAGGCCGCCACCUGCUCUACCACCGAACCUUGCAUCAUGGCUGUCGACAAGAUGUGGCGCACGAUGAUCGGCUUCGGCGCUGUUCCGGGCUGCAUCGCUUUGUACUUCCGCCUCACCAUCCCCGAGACUCCCAGAUACACCUUCGACGUCGACAAUGAUGUUUCCAAGGCCGAGGGAGACGUCGACUACUACAAGCAGGGCAAGUGGGGUGAGUCUCAGGUCGAUGAGGCUGCCCGCGUCAUCGCUCGCCAGGAGGCCAAGCAGCAGCUCGAGGUUCCCAAGGCCUCGUGGAGGGAUUUCUUCAGCCACUACAGCACCUGGAAGAACGCCAAGGUCCUCCUCGGUACCGCUGGUUCAUGGUUCUUCCUUGAUGUGGCCUUCUACGGCCUGGGCCUUAACAACGCCAUCAUCCUCAACGCCAUCGGGUGGUCUGGUGGUGCUGAUAUGUACCACAUCUUCUACAAGACGGCUGUUGGCAACCUGAUUCUUGUCUGCGCCGGUGCGGUUCCCGGAUACUGGGUUUCUGCUGCUCUUGUCGAUACCAUUGGCCGCAAGCCCAUCCAGCUCUUCGGAUUCUUCGCUCUCACGCUCCUCUUCUGUGUCAUCGGUUUCGACUACUGGAACCUUUCGGGCUCUGCUCUCAUGGCGCUGUACACCCUCUCGCAGUUCUUCUUCAACGCCGGUCCCAACUCGACGACCUUUAUCGUUCCUGGCGAAUGCUUCCCUACCAGAUACAGAUCCACCUCUCACGGAAUCUCUGCCGCCUCAGGCAAGGUCGGUGCCAUUAUUGCGCAGGUGGUUUUCGGACCCCUCCGUACCAUCGGUGCCGAUGCCGCCAAGGCCAAGACCGACCCGAGAUACAGCACUCCUUGGCUCAACCACAUCAUGCAGAUCUUUGCGCUCUUCAUGCUCUGCGGUUUCUUCACCACCCUUCUGAUCCCCGAGACGGCGAGGAAGACGCUUGAGGAGCUCUCCGGCGAGGACGACUUGGCAACAAGUGCCAUUCCCGUCCAUGGACACAACGAGGAGAAGCGUGUUGAGGAGGGCACUGCUGCCGGCUCCGUCUAA